AUGGUAGAAUUAACAGAAUUCCAAAAGAAACGCCAAGAAAACAUUAAAAGAAAUAAUGAUUUACUACAAAAAUUAAACUUAACUAACAAAGCAUCAGAAAUUAAAAGAGAAGCUGGCGUAUUAACAGAAGAUGAAAAACGAAGAAAGAAGAAGAAAAUAGCAACCAGCAAACCUAAAAGAAAUGUUAAUGUUAAAAAAGAGAAAAGUCCUACUGUGCCGGUGAGACGUUCUAGACGGUUAAGAGGUGAAAGUGUUGAUACCGAUGGAAUCCCUAAUGUUAAUGACAAUCAAUUAUUUAAAUUGAAUGGGAAUGGCGAUGUUAAAUUGGAAAGUUCCCCUGAGGAUGACCAAGUUUUGAAAGAUAUGAAAGUGAUAGGGGAUGUCAAAUUGAGUGAUUUACUUAAAGAGGGCGAUGAUGAUAACGCACUUUUAGAUAAAUUUAAAUCUUUUAGUUCGAGACCUAGUGAUUUCUUUAAUGAAUUGAAGAAAUACCGAGGAAAUAUUAAACUUGAUGCUGAAUUGGAAACUCAAUUAAAGGAAUUCGAUUUAAAUUUAUAUGAUAUUUUUCAACCUAAUGAAAUUAAGAUUGUAUACGAAAGAAUUUCCGCAAUAUAUUUUCAUCCAUCCAUAGAAAAGAAGCUGGUUGUAGCGGGUGACAUAUCUGGUAAUGUGGGAUUAUGGAAUGUAAGAGAUGAACCAAUUGAUGAUGAGUUAUUGGAGCCUGAAAUAACGAGAUUUAAGUUAUUCAAUAAAAAUGUAGGAAGGAUUGAUUGUUUCCCAACCAACAGUUCGAAACUAUUGGCAACUUCGUAUGAUGGCUCCAUUCGUUCGAUAGAUUUGAGUAAUCUAGAAAGUGAAGACCUACUAAUCUUAACUAAUGAAUAUGAUGAUGCACUUGGUGUUAGUGAUUGCCAAUUUAGUUACGACGAUCCCAAUGUUCUGUUUGUCACUACCUUGAGUGGUGAAUUUACUACUCUCGAUAUGAGAAUGAAGAAAGGCGAAUUUAAUAACAAAUUGAAAAGACUAUCCGAUAAAAAAAUUGGCUCAAUGAGUAUCAAUCCGAAUCGCCCGUACGAAAUUGCUACUGGCUCUCUUGAUAGGACAUUGAAACUUUGGGAUAUUAGAAAAAUUGUAAAUAAACCAGAUUGGUCACAGUAUGAAGAUUUCCCAAGUCAUGAAAUCGUCUCCACUUAUGAUUCAAGAUUGAGUGUAUCAGCAGUCUCAUACUCACCAACUGACAAUACUCUUGUUUGUAAUGGGUAUGAUGACACCAUUCGAUUAUUCGAUGUCACUAAACCAUCAGAAGAUCUCCAGCCAAAACUAACACUAAAACAUAAUUGCCAAACUGGUAGAUGGACUAGUAUUUUGAAAGCCAGAUUUAAGCCAAACAAGAAUGUAUUUGCCAUUGCAAAUAUGAGCAGAGCUAUUGAUAUAUACAACAGUGACGGUCAACAAUUAGCCCACCUAAAUACUGCUACAGUGCCCGCUGUUGUGUCCUGGCAUCCGCUCAGGAAUUGGAUUGUCGGAGGUAAUUCCAGUGGUAAAGUGUUCUUAUUCCAAGACGAUUCUAAUAAUGAAGAUACUUUAUAG